AUGCUUCCAUUCUCCCUACAUCCACACCAAAACACCACCCCGAAGAGCCGCUUGGACUUCGGCGUCGUAGUCUCAGCCUAUGGCAACGCUGGUCUCUACUUAACCGACUCUGGCCGAGAAGCACCGUCCCACGCCCGAAGAAAAGGGCGCCAUCUUGUCACCUAG